AUGGUGUUCAUCGAUGGCCAAGAAGUCAUGAGCGCUGAAGAGAAGCGUCUCAAGGAUGACAAGGACCGUGUCAAGUACUGGAAGAAAUGGGGUCCCUACACCGCUGAACGACAAUGGGGUACCGUACGAGAAGAUUAUUCUGCCGAUGGAGAUGCGUGGAGUGCCUUCAACUACGACAUGGCGCGAAGCCGGGCUUACCGAUGGGGUGAGGACGGUAUUGCUGGAGUCUCAGAUACUCACGGCCGCAUGAACAUUGCUUUUGCAUUCUGGAAUGAGAAGGAUGGUCACCUCAAAGAACGCCUUUUCGGUCUCUCCAACCCACAGGGUGUGCACGGCGAGAGUAUCAAGGAGUGCCAUUUCCACCUUGACAACACACCCACCCACUCGUACAUGAAAUUCCUUUACAAACUUCCCCAGAACGAGUUCCCGUACGAGGACAUCAUCAAAGAGAACGCGAGACGGACGAAGAAGGACAGGGAAUACAAUCUGAUUGACACCGGCAUCUUCAAGGAUGACGCAUACUGGGAUAUCUUCAUUGAGACGGCCAAGGAGGAGGACAAUCCGGACGAGCUAUUGUUCCGUGUUACCGCGUACAACCGUGGCAAGAAAUCGGCCAAGCUACACAUUCUGCCACAUGUGUGGUUCCGCAACACAUGGGCGUGGGGUUACGACUCUUACAAGCCGAACAUCAAGCAGACGGACAGCCUCAUGUGCCAUAUCGAACAUCGCGAUAUUGGCGACCGCUUCCUCCAGUGCUCGCCCUCGCCAAACAGCUGUGGUCACGAUGCCGACAUCGAGCCUGAAUUCCUUUUCACUGACAACGACACAAAUUACGUCGAUCUGUACAAGAGCAAGACCAACAAGACCGCCUACGUGAAGGACGCCUUCCACAAGCGCGUCAUCAAGGGUGACAAGAAAGCCGUCAACCCGGAGAAGUUCGGUACCAAGGCCGCGGCAUGGUACGCCUUCGACCAUGGCGACGGUGUGCCUCCAGGCGAGUGCGCUGUGGUCCGUAUGCGAAUAUCUACCAAGCAUGACGAUGCUUACCUUGACGAGGAGCGCUUCGACGAGGUCAUGGAGCAGCGUAUUGCGGAGGCGGACGAGUUCUUCUUCAAGCUCAACCCAAUGCCCAUGGCAGACGACCUUCGCAACAUCCAGCGCCAGGCGCUUUCCGGUAUGAUGUGGUGUAAACAGUACUACCACUUCAUCUGGGAUCAAUGGGCCAACGGUGAUCCUGCCAUGCCUCCACCACCACCAGAACGAAAGGCAAUUCGCAAUGGUCAAUGGAAGCAUCUUCAUCUGGACGACAUUUUGUCUAUGCCAGACUCGUGGGAGUAUCCAUUCUUCUGCGCGUGGGAUACCGCGUUCCACUGCAUUCCGCUUUCCAUGAUCGACCCCGAAUUCGCAAAGAAGCAACUCGACCUGUUCACUCGUGAGUGGUACAUGCACCCGAACGGUCAGCUGCCGGCCUACGAAUGGAACUUUGGCGACGUCAAUCCCCCGGUGCACGCCUGGGCUGUAUUCCGCACGUUCAAAAUCGAGCGCAAGAUGUACGGCCGCGAAGAUCUCGACUUCUUGGAACGCGUGUUCCAGAAGCUCUUGAUGAACUUCACAUGGUGGUGUAACCGCAAGGACUUUGACGGCAAGAACGUGUUCGAAGGUGGCUUUUUGGGACUCGACAACAUUGGUCUGUUCAACCGAUCCGAUCCUCUCCCGACUGGUGGAACCCUUGAGCAGGCCGAUGCCACAGGUUGGAUGGCUUUCUACUGUCUUAGUAUGCUCAACAUCGCCCUCGAGCUGGCCAAACACCGCCGAAUUUACGAAGAUAUUGCUUGUAAAUUCUUCGAGCACUUCCUCUCGAUCUCAGACGCCAUGCAAUACCGCAAGGGUGGCGAGGCCAAAUCGUUGUGGAACGACGAGGACGGCUUCUACUACGACGCAAUCUCCUGGGGUGGUCCCUAUUCCCACCAGAUGCCCGUGCGCUCGCUCGUCGGUCUCAUUCCUAUGUACGCGACGCUCACGCUUGAGCCUCAGGUAAUUAACCGCUUCCCGUCGUUCAAGAAGCAUGUCGACUGGUUCAUCAAGAACAAGCACGAUCUCGUGCAGCGCAACAUUGCCAGCAUGAAGCGUCGAGGCAAGGAUGAGCGUCUCCUUCUCUCCCUUGUCAACGAAGACCGCCUGCGCUCGAUCCUGAAGUACAUGUUGGACGAGACAGAAUUCCUCAGCGACCAUGGCAUCCGCUCGCUGUCCAAGUACCACAAGGAUCACCCGGUUUCCAUGGACGCCAACGGCCAAACCUACUCCGUGUCCUACAUCCCAGGCGAUUCCGACAGUGGUCUCUUCGGUGGAAACAGUAAUUGGCGUGGACCGACUUGGAUCGCUGUCAACUUCCUGCUAGUUGAGUCUUUGCUUCGCUUCUACAUGUUCUACGGCAACACAUUCAAGGUUGAGUGUCCUACCGGCUCUGGGGACGAGAUGCAUCUCGGCCACGUCGCAGAAGAGAUUCAGCACCGAUUGCAGCACCUUAUGACCUCAAACGAUCAAGGUCGCCGCGCCAUGCACGACGGAAAUGAUAUGCUCGACUUUGAUCCACACUGGAAGGAUUACUUGUGGUUCUACGAAUAUUUUGAUGGCGACUCUGGCCGUGGUCUGGGUGCGUCCCACCAGUGCGGAUGGACUGGUCUUAUGGCAAAGAUUAUUCAGGACACUGGUACCAACUGCCGCCUUCCUCAAACCCCACGAUCUCCAUCUUCUGCCGCGGAGCACUACUUCGACGACACCUUCUCGCGUCAACGCCGCGCUUCGCUCGGCCCACGACGUCCGACGGGUCUGGCUCGCAGUCUCACACGCCAGCGCUCCAUUGGCCAGCGUAGUGACUGGGGCAAUGGUAGCACUGCGCCGCCAUCGGAACCGGGCGAUGAGGAGGACCAGGCCGAUGGGGAGAUCUACAAGGAGGCUGGCGACGAGCUUGCCCAUGCCGCCAACGGCGCUAGAAAAGCCGGAAAGGCACGCGACAUUGAGGAUCCAGAUGAUCCGAUCAACCGCUAUGUCCGCGAGCAGCUGGAACGAUUGAAGGCACAUGAGAGCAAUGAACAGGCGGAGGAAUUAGCCACAAGUAGGGAUUAG